AGAUUGGAAAUGCCAAAAGAAAACUGACAUCAUCUUUGUACUGGACAGAUCAGGGAGCAUCAAUCCCGAUGAUUACGGCCAAAUGAAAAGAUUCUUAAAAGUUGUUUCAGAUAAACUGCAAAUAGGUGUAGAAAAUGAUGACGGUGAAAUAAUUGGUCAAGGAGCUAUGGUCACCUUUAGUGAAGAAGCUACGGUUCGAAUUAAUUUACAAGGCAGUCGAAUAGCGGGGACAUUUGAUGACGCAGUAGACAAUCUUCCAGGCCCUCUUCUAGGUGGUCGCACCAAAACUGAUUUAGGUUUGAAUCUAGCUGACACUGAGGUGGCUCAAACAUCAGCUGGAUAUCGUGAAGAUGAUGAUGACGUAAAACGUAUGCUCAUGGUAAUUACGGAUGGUGGCCAAACAAAAGGAGGAAGUUACGUUCCCGUUAGUCAGGCUAUUUUACCUUUCUUUGAAAGAGAUAUGGAAGUAUUUGCAGUCGGUGUAGGACUAGAGGAUGAUCAAGAAGCCAGGGGUGAAAUCCGUGCUAUGGUGCAGGUUUCGCAAAACGCAAUUUUUCCCGACAGUUACACUGAUUUAAUUAAUCAAGUGAAUGCCUUCGUCAGAAGGUUUUGUCCAGGUACUGUAAUUUGUACAGUAUAUUAUCACAACACUACAAUUAACAUAUAAAUUGGAGAGGAACCAAGCAAGGUCGCGAAGUAAAAAAUAAACUGCAACUAAACAUGCAUGCACAUGACGGUUGUUCUAAAUAUGCAUAAUUAUAUAGUUUUCCCGUUUGAAAAUGUUCGUUUACAGAUGAAAAUCUAUAUUAAUAGUGUUGUGUCAUAUCAAGUGAGAUAUCAAAAGUCGUCCAUGUCACAGAAUAGGAAGUUAUACCAGAAGCGUAACUCUAGUCGUUUCCUUUAUUGUUUGACGUCCACGAAAAUUUUAACUCGCUCACGUCAGGCCACGCCAUCAUCCUGGCUAGUACAGCCGGAAGUUUUUAUCAGGAUUUGGUAGGUACAAAGUGCCGGUUGUACUAGCCAGGAUGGCGUGAUUGAUGACGAAUCGCUUGUAAAAACGCGGACAAAUAUUUGCUCGAGUUACGCUUCUGGUAUAACUUCCUAUUCUGUGUCCAUGUGUAGUUCGGGUAUUUUAAUUCUUGUGUUUUUUAGAGCCACCAAUCUGUGGUGGUGAAAACGACGACUGUCAUCCGACAUUAGCAACCUGCACAGAUACCGGUCCUGGCGAAUACCAAUGUACGUGUAAACCAGGCUAUGUUGGAAAUGGAAAGACAUGUGCAGGUAAGUGUGGUUUGAUAUUCAAGUAGUGGUGAGAAUUUAUUGUUCUCUUUAUUAACGAAAUGAAUGUCAGACGUUUUCAUUGUCGUUCGAACGUUUGCCAUUGAGAAACCCACUGAGACAAUUAGAUCUGUCUGGAUGCGCAUAUUAUCCAACAUGCAUUGUUUGCGCAAAAACGUGGAUGGAUGCCGAACUCAUCCAUUUCGUGCCGCCCUUUUCCGCGUGAAAGAAUGAUCUCCAAACAAUCCUUCGAGACCAGACAUUAAUUACAUUAGGGGGGCGGUGGGUGAGAAAAAGGGGACGAUCUCAAUUACCUUUAACCUGAAUAUGGCCGCCUUCAAAACAACAAAUUUUUUCAUUGUUCAAUGACACGGAUCGAUGACGACAAACGAUUAUGUCACUCAAAAGGACCAGUUUUUAUUAACCAGUCUUCCUUUUAACAAAAUACUGUUUUGUUCGAAUCAUUUUGAGUUAUGUAAUCUUAUGCGUGUUGGACAUAAACGACAUAUCUUGUCUACAACUUUGAGCAGGUACAGAUAAGGCUUUCUAAAAUCCUCAGUUUUGGCUCUAUCUCCAUAAAAUCACAAGGACGUUAAUGUCAAGUCUUUGGGCUAUGUUUCUGGGCUGAGAAAUAAUUCCUUACAUGCAAUCAGAACGUUUUAUACAACGAUGUAAAACGGUAUUCUUAUGCAAUAGGUCGUAAUGGGUCAUCAUUUAAAUUUCCAACACAGUUUCUGAGACGUAAUCCAAGAGGUAACUUGUCGUUGCAUUUGAACUAUUAUAUCAGUUGGUGUUAUUCUGUGCGAUUAGCGAAUAUUAUUGGAAAGAGGGCUUCCAUAUACGUUGAAAUCACCAAAUAAACAGCUCAUGCACACAUUUCUCCGUAAGUUUACAGAGCAAAUUGUAUACUUUGGCACUGAUCUUUGUCUUUGAUGUGCAUAUUUAUUCUUCUAGUUUAAGGUUAUUUAAGAUUGAUCCUGUCGUAAGUUUUCUACCAGCAACCCAUUGACAGUAUUUCAUUUUAGCGUUGUCUUUGCCGUUACGUUGGCUUCCCGUUACGUUUGUUUUAAAUACUUUGAUCGCGUUAAUAAGGUGGCUCGAUACAGUUUUCAAAAAUUCAGGUGUUUAACACUUUGACAUGUUCAAACUACGCAUUUUUAGGAUUUAUUCAGCAGAUAUUGGGUUUUUUAUAUAUUUUGAUAACUCUACUUUCAAACGAUAUUAGUUUUAGUAACAGAUAGUUCGUUGCUAUGACGACAUACGUGUACGAAAUUCACUCCAAAAUGACCUAUCGUCUCGUAUAGUUGGAAAAAAAGCAUGGUGACCCCCAAUUUUUUUUCGUGCAUUAUUUUACUUGGACGAAAAGCUAACAAUUAGCAAAAUAUAAAAAAAUUCUGUAAUGCCAUUUUUUUGGAAAAUGCGAAAAUGUCGUAUUCUUCGGUAAAAUUUUUUUGGCAUUACAGAAUUUUUUUAUUUUUUGUAUAAUGAAAGUUUUUAGCAGUGCAAUACAGCAUGCAAAAUUUGAACAUAAGUCACCAGACAAAAUAAAGAGAUAUAGCGCAUUGUUUUUCUAAAAUGGAAAAUUCUAAUGACGUCAGCAAUUGACAUAAAACGCUAUAGAACCUAUGUAUAGAACACGCGCAAUGGCGUGAUAUGGCGCGAGCAACGGCUCACGUCAGGUCAUUUUGGAAGUUCUUUCAUUUUGUUAAUCAGUUUCCGCGACCUGCGCGACUUGUGCGCGUAAAAAUGGUCACCCGGUUUUGAGUUCGCGAUUCUUGAGCAGAGUUUUUGUGAUAACUAUAUCGAGCCACCUUAAAAGAGUUAUUUUUCAGGCCAGUGACAUAGCCAAAAGCAUUAGCGUCCUUCUGAUUUUUUAAAGAUAUCGCUAGAACUGAGGAUUUUAGAAAGCGUUAGGGACCGGUCAUAAAGUAACUGCUAGGGUGGGCUGGAGUGAUUUGCGAUGGGCCAUGGAAAAUCUUUGGGCAGUUUCGAUGGGCCGCCAAUUAUUUUGUAUGUCUACGGUUGGGCCACCAAACAAAAACCCAUGUCUACUUUCAUCCAGGGGCGUAGGAAGCCAGGGGGGCCUCAGCGCCAACCAUGGUGUCACCUUGUGGGAGUCGGCCCCCCUAUCUUUUACAAGCUUCCCUGCUUUCAUCACUUAUUAUGAUAAAUAUAAUAGCAAAUAAGAUUUUAAAAUCAAACAUAAUACAAAUCUAACAGGACUGUACACUGCACAGAGGGCAGCAGGGAGAACUGCCCCCCCCCCUAAAAUUUAACUAAUUUUAUAAUGUGAUUAUGCUUGUAACGGAAAUUAUGCAGUCAGGAAAUAAAAAUUUCAUGCAAGCAAUAUUCAAAGUGUCUAUACAGCCGGCUAUUUAGUAAACUGUCACUUGUCAAUCCAUACUCAUCGAAUUUUCAAAACUUUAUUGUGAUCAUAUGAAGCAAAAGUUCUGCCACUUGUUGUUUACACUUGCCAAUGUUAACUGUUGAGUAACAUACAAACUAUUCAAGGAACAUGCAUUACUGUAGCAAAGAGUCAAUCAUAUAUCGAAGACCAUGCACUGAAUAGUAGAGAAUGUUUUGAAGGUCAUGAGUGAAGUAUGUAAUUCAAUUCCAACCCUGUGCAGAGUUAAUGAUAUACCACACUGUUCGGUUUAACUCAGCAUAUCCACACAAAAACAAUUUGUGUUAUGGGAGAAUAUCUGUUUGAGUAGAAGGUAUAUCACAAGUUUAGUUUUGUACAUUGUGUGCCAUUGAUCUGAUCCAUCCAUAUAAUAUAUGAUUAUUGUAGCUGUUAAGUUAUAAUUAGUUAUUUUCCAUACUAAUGAAUUUAGGUAAGAUUGUCUUGCAAGUGGGUUGUUCUGACAAAAUUAUCCAGCCAAUAUCCAGUACAUCAGUACAUGUAUUCAUCAUUCUUGUAUUAAUCUCUAAACAAAAACAUUUAUAUUAGAAAGCAAAAUGACAAUGUAAUGAGGAGGGAGGGUGGGGAUUCUUUUAUUAGCAUUUGAAAAUGGUUGUAACAAUUUUGUUUAAUUAACUCUAUUGUGUAAAGCCAAAAUGUAUAAGUAUAAUUUUAACUGAUGACAUCUUUACCUAAUUACCUUUGCUCUAACACUACAUUUGAUGACAACUUAGUUGGACUGUUGCAGCCUAGUUCCUGGCCUUCUCGCUUCCGCCUCGUUAUUUUAGGGGGAAAUCGCUAAGGUUUGCAGGUUGACCGGGAUAAAGCUGUAUUAUUUGGAUACUGGGGAGAGGCGAGGCGCGACCCAGUUCGGAUAUUUUCCGAAACUGACAGCCCGCAAGUUCACAACAGCCUGUAACUCGCCCGCGCUUGGAAGGCCAGGGACUAGGCUGGGACUGUUGUAUGUUUGAACAGAGUUACAGAAAUACAGGACCAGGAUUUAAUUCAAUAUCUCCUGAGAACAUUAGUUUCUUGUGAUAUUGUUAAUUGGCAAUAUAAUGCCUGCAGCCAGAGUUUUGACUGUUUAAAGUAUUUAUACACAAUGAUUGUUUUUAUACUGUAUAAAUGUAUAUAAUAAAAUAUGUGGUAUUUGGCUACUUAUCAGAUAAGGAUAAGUUUCUAUGUUGAUGGAUAACUUUGGAAUAAUAUCACAAGUAGCAUGGUGAAAACAAGACAGCCAAUUCAAGAUAAAAUCAAGAUAUUUUGAAGCCAAAAUAUGGCAAAGAAUAACACGAGUACAUGACUUACACGAGGCCAAACUACGCCCGUUCGCAGGUUAGGUGCGAGCACGAUGUAAACAAUUGAUGUAAGCUAAUCGCUGAUUGGCUUAAUUAUAUAAGCUCGUCGCUGAAUGGCUGUGGGUAACGUUAAUACUAAUCUGCUUCGCAGAUACAAAAAUAAAGAUAUACACCGGCACUGUAUUGAUAUAUGUUCAUACCUGCAAGUUUUUUUCAUUAUAGAAGUGUAUUUUCCCAAUUUAGAUUGGGUGGGUGGGUGGGUCAUGAAAUAAAUUUGGUAAGAUUGGAUGGGCUUUGAAAUUUUUAUCUACAUCCUAAGAUGGGUCACCAAACUUAUUGGCAAAAUUUGUGAUUUACCUCCAGCCCAUCCUAGCAGUUACUUUAUGACCAGUCCCUUAUCUGUACCUUCUCAAAGUUGUAAACGAGAUAUGUUGUUUACGCACAACACGCAUAAAAUUAAAUAAUUUAAAAUGGUUCGAGCAAAACGAUCUCUUGUUAAAAGGAAGACUGGUUAAUAGAAAUUGGUCCUUGAACAAUUGUCCUUGAACAAUUGUCCUUGAACAAUGAAAACAUUUGUCGUGAAAUUAGUGAAGAUAAAAUAGCAGUUUCUGAGAAAACUGCGGGUCUACGGAGCGGGAACUUUCGGAUUUGAACUCAGCGUGUUCGAAAGUGUUAGUUCCUGUAAAAAUAUUUCAGUUCCAAGACAUGGGAAAUGAAAGUGAAGGGUGCCAGUUGUAGUUGUGUUCACCGUUCACAUACAACAAUCCCAUUGACAGCAUUUACAAAAUCUCAUGCAACCACUGAAAUACAUCACUUUUUUCAGAAUUAACUACAAAGCGUUCAAAAUAACCUUAGAAAGGUGACUGCGUACACACGCACAAAUCUCACAUCUUGUAAUAAGUUUGUCAACAAGUUUGGAACAAGCUGUUAACAAUUUGUAACAACCUUGCUGAUAUUCUCAGGCUUGGUACAAGGUUGUUCCAACAAGUCCGAUACAGUCAUGAUAUAUGAGCAGUAUUGUUGCAACCUUGCAUGAAUCGUCAACCAAUGUAACAUUCUUGUUUAUGACUGUAUCACACUUGUUACAACAACCUUGUGACAAGUCUGAUAAUGCCAUCGAGCUUGUUACAAGUUGUUAACAGCUUGUUCCAAACUUGUUACAACAACUGGGAACACGCAGUGCGAAGACAACUUGUUGACAGCUUGUGAACAGAUUUGUAACAACUUGUUUGCAGACUUGUAACAACUUGUGCGUUUUUACGUGUGUACUGGAGACAAUAAGUUCAGUGCUUGCACGCGUUAAUUACAUUUAUUAAUAUUUCAAGUAAAGAAGUAUGUACUAAAGUAAAGAAGCUACAGUAUAAUUGCACUCUCUUGUUAGUGGAGAAUAUAUGUGGCACAGAACGCGACGACUGUCACGAGCACGCCACGUGCGCAAAUACUGGUCCAGCCCAAUAUAAAUGUACUUGUAAUGAAGGUUAUACUGGAAAUGGAAAAAACUGCGAAGGUAAGAAAUUUCGUAAAACUACAAAUAAGAAUAUAAUCUUAAAUAAUUAAUUAGCAUCGACAUUAUUAAUUAAAGUG